CUGAGCCCCGCGCGCCUCCCAGCGCUCCGGGGACCGGCGCAGAGCGGGCAGCAGCGCCGCUCCCGCGCGCAGCCCUCCCGCGCCCUCGCCCGCCACCAUGGGGCCAACUCGCAACUCCUAGGGCUCAGCCUCCGGCCGGCCGAGAAGCUGCGAGCAGAAGCCAAGAUGAGUUUCCGCAAGGAGGACGGCGUGAGCAGCCUGUGCCAGAAGGCGCUGCACAUCAUCACCGAGCUGUGCUUCGCGGGCCAGGUGGAGUGGGACAAGUGCUCCGGCAUCUUUCCCGCCGACAGGGCCGGCCAGGGCGGAGGUGGCACAGAUAUUUCAGUCAGCCUGUUAGCAGUUGUUGUAAGCUUCUGUGGCCUGGCCUUGUUGGUUGUCUCCCUUUUCGUCUUCUGGAAGUUAUGCUGGCCAUGCUGGAAAAGCAAACUUGUGGCCCCCACCGUCAGUGCCCUUCCUCAAAGCAUGUCACGUGCUCCAACUGAAGUUUUUGAGACUGAAGAGAAAAAGGAGGUUGAAGAAAAUGAAAAACCAGCACCAAAAGCUAUUGAGCCUGCAAUAAAAAUCAGCCACACUUCCCCUGACAUCCCAGCAGAAGUGCAGACUGCUUUAAAGGAACAUUUAAUUAAACAUGCUCGAGUGCAAAGACAAACCACUGAGCCUACGUCUUCAUCCCGCCACAACUCCUUCAGGAGACACCUGCCGAGGCAAAUGAACGUCUCCAGUGUUGACUUUAGCAUGGGCACUGAAACUGUUUUACAAAGAGGAGAAACAAGAACCAGCAUCGGGAGGAUCAAACCAGAGCUCUACAAGCAAAAAUCCGUUGACUCCGAGGGCAACAGAGAAGAGGAGGCCAAAACCUGUGGGAAACUUAACUUCACGCUCCAGUAUGACUACGAAAAUGAACUCCUGGUUGUUAAAAUUAUCAAAGCGUUAGAUCUCCCAGCGAAAGAUUUCACAGGAACUUCUGACCCUUACGUGAAGAUCUAUCUUCUUCCAGACAGGAAAAAGAAGUUUCAGACACGUGUGCACAGGAAGACUUUAAACCCCCUGUUUGAUGAAGCAUUUCAGUUUCCAGUGGCCUACGAUCAGCUAAGCAACCGGAAACUACACUUUAGUAUAUACGAUUUUGACAGGUUUUCCAGACACGACAUGAUUGGGGAAGUGAUUCUUGAUAAUUUAUUUGAAGCCUCUGAUCUCUCCAGGGAAGCCACAGUGUGGAAAGAUAUCCUCUGUGCUACCACAGAAAGCAUAGACCUGGGGGAAAUCAUGUUUUCCCUUUGCUAUUUGCCAACUGCUGGCAGGAUGACCUUGACAGUGAUCAAGUGCAGGAAUCUGAAGGCAAUGGACAUUACUGGAUCAUCAGAUCCUUAUGUCAAGGUGUCUUUGAUGUGUGAGGGCCGAAGACUUAAAAAACGGAAAACAACUACAAAGAAAAAUACUCUGAACCCUGUGUACAAUGAAGCCAUUAUUUUUGACAUCCCUCCAGAGAAUGUGGACCAGGUCAGCCUGUGCAUUGCAGUCAUGGAUUAUGACAGGGUGGGACACAAUGAGGUCAUAGGCGUGUGUCGAACUGGACUAGACGCCGAGGGUCUUGGGAGAGACCACUGGAAUGAAAUGCUGGCCUAUCACCGAAAGCCAAUCACACAUUGGCACCCCUUGCUGGAGUUACCUGGCCGGGCAACCAGCUUUGACAGUCAAGGAUCCUGUUCUUCUCCCAGGCCACCUUCCACACCAUAAAGCCUCCAAAUGAGACUGUGUCACAGAAGGACCUAGAAUCAUGUGCUCAUUGAAUCAGAAACACACACACACACAAACGGAACAUUUGACUUCAUCAUUUCAAAUAGACCUGUGGUAAUUAAUAACUUGACGCAUACUUUCUCUUUGGUUUAUCUGGCUUAUCUUUGUUUUUAACUUUGAGCACAUUAAUACAUUAUACUUAAGCACUGAUAGUCCUUAGUUACAGAAGGUGUUUUAUUUUUCAUGUUUCCUCUCUACUAGCACAGUAUCCUAACGUGUUGUAAUUCUUUGCUUAAGCAAAGAGAUAAGUUUUUUGAGACGAGAAUCCACAUGUAUGUAAAAAUUAAAUCUAGUUUAUGCCUGUGUUGUGUGAAAUAGUGAAAUGUGUCACUUCCAACCAUAUACAUGGUUCUCUGUGAACUUUAACGUGCAUAUUUAAAUUAAUUCAACAGGAUCAACUUCUCCAAGUUCUAAUUAAUGUCACUUGUCUGAUGAUAGUUUUUCUUUCGUGAUCAGCAGUUUUGUCACUGAGCUUUGACUCUCAAGCUUCUUCCUUGGGACAAUCAGCUAGGCUUCAAAAUGGAGAGUCGUUUUUUAGUGUAAAUGUACAAAGCGAUGUUGAGUAGCUGGUAAUCUAGCAGCUUACAGCAUGUCGCCGCUGCAUCAGUUCAGACCUGUUGUACAGCUGAGCUGAUAGUAAGCUCUAGCAACCUUCGUCUCAAGGAUAGCAUCGGUUUUCGUAAGUGGCUACAGUCGUAAGUUUGUCUUUCACGGUUCUCCAGCACUGUGGUGUGUUUAUUCUGUGACUCGGAGCUGUCAUGUGGCUCCUCGUGUUUCUGAUGGAUCACACUUAACAGAAACCAAAGGCCCCAGCGAAGCUCUCUGUGCCCGCUGUCUUUAGAUAGACAGGUGACGACUCCUCCCACUCAGGAACACAUCGCUGGAGCUGGAUAGCCUCUCCAAGAAAGCACCAAAAUAUAGACACAUGGUAUGAACAGGACAACUUUCACACUUAAUAAGAAUAAAUACAUUCCAAAGGAUCAGAUAUCCAGUCCUUUAAUGAAAGGCAUUUACCUUACAAAGAAUUCAUGAUCAGACAAUUCAGAGGUUCAAAAAAGAAAAACUAUGCAAAUGCUUCUUGUUCUUUUUACAAGAGAGAAACUUUCUUUGCAAUCAGGUCAGCUUUUUAUUGUCGCAUUUUAAGACCGGAUUGGAAGGAAGCUAUGUGGAAUUACUCUAACCUUACUUUUGAGGUGUGUAUAUUUAAAGCUUAUUCCACAAUAAGGAUUUUAAAGGAAAAAAUUUAUAUUUGGAAUUCUAAACAAGUUCAUUAGGAUGAGAAAGUUUUAUGGAAAAUUAUGAAUUUUUUAUAUUUGUAAAAUCCCUUAUUUCAAAUAUUAGGAAAUGUAUUUUAAAAGUCUUAAAUUUUCUCCCAUAGAGAUUCAAUUACUAUUAAGCAAGAUGCAAGCAUGUCUCGCAUUCAUAUUUUUAGUGUAAACUCAGUCCUGCCUAAAACUUUUCAAAAACGCAUGUGUCCGGCUAAUGAUAAAACAUACCACCACACCUUUCCUCAAAAACAUACGAGAAACCUGUCUGGAAACACGUGACUACCCUGUCGAGCUAAGACAAACAAACAAAAUAACCCUUCUCGUUACAGAGGGAAUCAAGAAGACAACUCCCCCAGAAGUUUGUGUUUUACUGUGAGACGCAAACUGCUAAAUGGGAAGAAAAACCUUAAAAUCUUAGUGUGAUAACACUUGGGGAGAUGUUUUAUCAGCAGAGACAGCUGUGACAUUUCUUAAGUCCGUAAAGUAUGCAUUCUCACUCAAAGUGAUAUUUUACAGACUUACUCCUUGCAAAAUUACAGCUAAUUUACUAAGGAGAACAGACUACACCUUCUCGUGAAAAAAAAAAAGAAAACUGCCAGGGAAUGAGGAUAUUUUAGACAUGAGGCGAGUAGAUUAAAAUGAGAUUGGAAAAAAAAAAUUAAACCCAAAACUGCAUGAGAAUUAAGUUGGAAUGUCAAAGCAUUUGCUAAACCUAUGAAAGAGACUAAAGAGAAAAAAAGAAAAUUCGCAAUUGUCUCUCAGUUGAUGUGUGAGAGACGUUUUCUCUCAGAGCAAGGCACAAACACAGUCUCGAUGGGUCUUACGCAGCACACCCUCACCUCACCCUUCCACACACAGAAACUUCUCUCUCUCUGUUGAAAACGCGGUUCAGUGUUCCAGAUGCCCUCCGCUGACUCGCGGGAUGGCAUGUACGGACGCAGGAAGAAGCAGCAUGACGCUAUGACUUAGGUGUACAAUAAACUCCUGAUUUCAGGGACUUCUUCAGGGACUUUCCAAUAUAUGCAUCUAGGAAAACAAAAGAUUCAGUGUUGCCUUGCGGGCGUGACAGCACGGUUGCUAAGUACAGUGACUAUGACAGACACCGGCGUGUGUCUAGGGCACAAUCUUCUCACAAAGCCGGCAGCUGACUGGUUUGGGGUUUAGGGUUUCCUCACAUACGUUUGAUUUUAGUCCAAGGGUCUGGGCGUGACCACCGGCUUCCUCAUACACUUUUCUCAACAGUUACUCUCCUUCCUCAGGCCACCCUGUGUUGCUGGUACUUUAACAUGUAAAACUCCCCAUCCUCACGCACACUCACUCAGUUCAGUAGCAAAUGGCAGGGCAAAUGCCGGGGAAGAGGAGGGAGGGAGCGGAUCCACUCACGUACCUUCAUGUGGUUUUGUGGCGUGCACAAACGCUAGUUGCGGCAGGGGGCUCACAAACGACCAGUACUGACUCAGGGUUUACAGUAAAGCAAACAUGUCUGAGCUAUUUGGUUGUGGUAUUUAACCGACAUUCACAACUUUGCUUGUUUUUCCUAUAGUGUUUAUUCUUUUAAAAGUUUGCAGGCUCGGUAAAGAACUAUCAGUCUCUUGGAGUUUUCACUUAAUAGUUAUUUCAGAAAAAGUGAAAGAGUCAAAAUUCUAUUCCCAUGCCAAUUCUACUAAUCUAUAAAACAAAAUAUAAUUUAUUCCAGGGUAAGAUGUCAAAGCAGCCAGGGAUUAUUACAAUAAAGGAACAUAAAAUGAUAACCUUGAACACAAAUCAAUUUCUUUCUACCUCUUCGAAAAGACUACUUGAUAUUAUUCUUAGGCAGAAUUUGUCUGAUUUUUGUCAUAAUAGCUGUGAUAUUACCAACCAGUUUAAUUGCAAAUAGUUAGAAAACUGGGUUGAUACAGCCUUGAGAAACCAUUAGGUCCCUUUGUUCAAUGUAAAGAAAAUGAGACCUGUGUCACAACUUGGUCUUACAAAGAUUAAUAGAUGUUCUGAGCUGACCUGGUUGGUUUCAGUGCUUGUAAGUUUUAGACUAAAAGCAUCCUGCUAUCAACAAGUAGAUUUUAAAAAAACUAAAAAUAAGAUAAUUUAAGUAACUAUAUAGUUACUGAAAAAGGUAUUAAAGCAUAGGAAACAACAAUAUUGAGAUGAAGAGGAAAAGAAUUUCUUUGUUUUUUUUUUAACUCUGAGUCGACAGUAAAAUCUUGAAUAUUGUUUCAAAACUCCAUGAUUCACCAUUUAAUCAUUAUUCAAUGACACAGCUUAGGAUAUUAUUUAUCUGAAACUGCUGUGAGGACCUAAUAUUUAAGAUAAGUAUUGCCUGGAUAUUCUCUCAACUAAGAAUUUUCUUUCAUUAAAAGAUCAAUAUUUAUCCAAUAAUGUCAGUUAAGAAUAAGGUAACUAUUUAUCAUCUCCUCUUAACAGUUAACCAAAAAGAUAUGUAUUUGAACAGUGGCAUUGCAUAUUGAUUUAAAAUGCAUUUUUGUCAUGGUUAAAUUUUCCUUUCAUCGUGUCUAUUAUGUAACUGAAUAGAAGUUUGAUUUGGUAGCAUACUAGUAUUGUGCUACAGAGUUAGAGAAAAAUCACUCAGUUAAGGACCAAGGUAAGCCUUAAUGAUUUACUUAAUGAAAACAUUUGAAUACUAAAAACAGUGACUGAAAAAUAUAAGUAAAGGAUGUUUAAGAAAAAUGAUAGUAUUUUGUAUGUCUGACAUGAUUAAAUACACUCCUCCCAGGGAGAACUAUUUAUACAAAUCCUAUUUUUACCUCUAUUAUGAUAAGAAAUAUGAGUUGUUCUUGAUAUAUUUGUAAGGAAAUAUUUUAAUCUCCAGCCUAUGAAAAUUUUUGAUGCAGCCCAUGAGACCCUUUUCAAAUAGUGAAACUAUGUCUGAUUGUAUCACAGAGGGUGAAAGUAAACCAUUGUCUUUUGACAUUUUGUUGAAUGGCAUCUACUAUGCACAGAAUUCCCUACUUACUAAGCAUGGGAUUGAAUUUUAGUUAUUCAACCUCAUGAGGUCUUUGUUUCCAGAAAAUAAUGUAUCGACUAUUGAUGCAAUUUACAGAGAUGAAUCAAAACUUAUUAAGGAUAAGUUAGUUUUGAUAUUGCAUGAGGUGGUUAGACCCUGAGGCUUUCCAAAUAGCUUCUUGUGUGCCUCACCUCAUCUAAACAUAAUAUAUAGAAAGAAAGACUAUAUUUUGGUGAUUUGCUAAAAACUUUGUGCACCCCAAACAACUGUUAUGCCCAAGAUUAUGUAAAACAACAAAAUAAUCAUUCUCUAUAAAUAUUUGUGUAAAACAUUUCGUAGGUAGAUUUCAUUAAGAUUUGCUGUUUUUCUUGUAAAGUCCUUUAAGCUCUGCAUUUAAGAAUGUAGUAGCAUCAAUGUGAAGAGUUCUCUGUAUAAAGGAGAAGCAGGUAAAACUCCAAUAUGUAAAAUAUUACAGCUUGUUCCUUAAACAAAGAUGACAACACCCAGGUUGUCAACUAUAGUUAUUGACCCAACAGAGCAAUGACUGGGUUCACAUUCAGUCACAGUGCUACAGAGCACUGCGAAUUCAGAAUUAAGACAAGUCAAGCUAGAAAAGAACUGCCUCCCAUCAUAAGUAUAUUUCCUCUAACACCCUUACAAGUAGAUAGUCACCAUCUCCACUGGUAGGAACUGCUAAUGUUCUUCUUCACCCAGAGCCUCAGGCAAUCUGAAUCCAUCAUAGUUCAUCUUUAUUGGGUACCUUUAAGUCAUUGUUCUUAAUGUAACUUUUUAAGUGAAGUUUGUGAUGUAAUGCUUAGCCAUUGUUUAAAUCAGCAUCUUUGACUUCUGCAUUAUAGAACAGAAAGUGAAGUCUUGAAAUUUGUGUCUCUGUCUUUUGUAAGGUAACCAGUCAUUUGUGAACUUUGGCAUCUUAUAAUCAUAUUACUUAGAACAGAUGUUUCUGUAAACCCUCUGAAAGAUGUUAUACAUUGUAUUUUGGUAUUUUUACUAUGUCUUCUUUAGAGUGUAUGAAAAUAUUUGUCAGGAUCAGAUGAACUAUGUAACAAUGAAACCUCAAAGCUGUUGUUGAAGGAUAGUUCAUAAUUACUUUUGUAAAAGAAAUGGAAAAGCACUUGAAAUAUAAUUUUACUGUUUCAUAUGUAUUUUAAAAAAGAAAUAAAGUGAUUAUAAAUGA